AGGUACGCUUCUUUUACUUAAAACCCUGUGUUUGGUUAGCGAGAAACUUAUAGAAACUAUGAAGAGAAAAUUAAUAAAUAAGACUUGGUAUAACUAGAAAAGAAGCCUCUCUUCAAACACCAAAAAGGAGAAUUGAUGAUUUGUUGAAGUUAACAAAUGCUUAUGUUAAAUUGAAGCUGUUUGAACCUUGGUUUGAGGAUGGGUGGGGCAAAAGCUAAGUCUGGUGCCAUGGACAAGGAGAAGAAAAAGAAAGGUACUCUCGUAUGGAGACCGGUUUGUACUCAAGAUAGUUCCCUCAAAGAGCCUGUGAUAAAGGAUGUGACUGUCGGGUUAGAAAGUGAUUGUCAAAUGCAAAAAUCAAAUGACAAGGUAAUUGAAGUUAAAAAUGCCAUUGUCAAUUCUAAAGCCUUGGAGGAUGAUAUUGAAGACGAAGCAAUGAAAGAAAAGCCAGAGCUUUCAGCUACAAAGCAUUCACUUUCCAUUCAAGUUGGUGCAUCUGUAAUUCGAUUUGUUAAAGGGAAAGCGGGAUCUACAAAGGAAAAGAUUGAAAAGGAGACUGGGGUUCGGAUAAUCCUUCCAUCAUCUAAGCAGAAUGAUUCCAUUUUCAUUGAAGGCACUUCAGCUGAUAGUGUAGCUAAAGCUUCAGAAGAGAUACAACGUGUAAUUGAUGAGGCUGUUAAAACUGCAAGUUUUGACUACUCUCACUUCGUAUCACUUCCAUUGGCUAUACAUCCGGAGUUGGUUAGCAAGCUCGUAGGCUUUCAGAACUCCAUAUUGGGAAGUAGUGAUGCUUGCAUAGAUGAAAAUCCAGACGGCAACUCAGAUGGAGAUAAUUCUGAAGAUAGUGCUCAAGAGCAGCAGUUAGGUAAAGAAUCCGACAUUUCAGUUGAGCUAGAAGUUGUGGACGAUGAAGGAAGUGUUAAGGUGGAUGUAAGUGUCAGACCUCUUGAUAGUAAUGCACCUAAAGAAAAUGAAGAACCAAAGUCUUCUAAUAAAUUAGGAAUUGGAAAGUCCAUAUUUAUUAAACCUCAAACAUUUCACUUGACUGUGCUCAUGUUGAAGCUGUGGAACCAAAAAAGAGUUGAUUUAGCAGCUCAAGUGUUGAAGAGUACCUCCUUAAGAGUGUUGGAUGCAUUGGAUAAUCGACCUGUAUUUGUAAGACUGAAGGGUCUGGAUUUAAUGAGAGGCUCUUUGGCUAAAGCCCGAGUUGUCUAUGCUCCUGCAGAAGAAAUUGGUAGUGAAAAUCGACUUUUACAUGCCUGCAAAAUUAUGAUUGAUGCUUUUGUUGAGGCUGGGCUUGUUAUUGAUAAAGAUGCUAAGAGUGAGUUAAAGUUGCAUGCCACCGUGAUGAAUGCAAGGCACAGGAAAAGGGGAAAGAAGGGACGGUUCAGUUCAUUCAACGCACUAGCCAUUUUCGAGCAUUUUGGAUCUGAGGAAUGGGGUGAGUAUCUAAUCCGUGAAGCUCAUCUUUCACAAAGGUUCAAGUAUGAUGAGAAUGGUUAUUAUCAUUGUUGUGCUUCAAUACCUUUUCCUGAAAACAUUUCAAGUUAACUCACUGAUUCCCAAAUUAUCAAUAAUAUUGUAAUGCAGUGUUAUUGUACUAAUAAUUAUUUGGGUAAACUAUAAAAUUAGUCACUUUUGUUUGUCUUGGAUUACAUUUUAGUCACUUAUGUUUGAAACGUUACGUUUUAGUCACUUACGUUAUUAUUUUGUUACGAAGUAGUCACACUACUGUUAAACUCCGUUACCUCCCUAACAACAGUCUUAUAUGGCAAUCCAAAUGAGUUUUAAAUGUCAAUUUAGAUGUCUUAUGUGGCAGUCUAAAUUAAAUCUAUUUAAUUAAAAGUUUAUUUUGAUUUCAGUAACUGAACAUCCAAAUUGGCAUUUGAAACUCAUUUGGACUGUCACGUAGGACUGCCGUUAGGGAGGUAACAAAGUUUAACGGUAGAGUAACUACUUUGUAACAAAAUGAUAACAUAAGUGACUAAAAUAUAAUAUAAGGUAAACAACGGUGACUACUUUUUUAGUUUACCCUAAUUCUUUUUGGUA